AACAAAUUCCAGUCUUUGUCUGCCUAACCCUUGCAGACUUCGUACUUUAAUUGAUUUACUUUCUCCUUUUUUAUCUAAUUAAUUACAAAAUCAAGCGUUCAGGUUUUUUUUUUUUUUUCUUCAAGGAGAAAUUCAGUGUUCAUUUUAGUGAGUUUUCCUUCCAAACUGAAGGUCAAAUAUUGACAUUUAUUUAUGUCUCUAGUCAAGCAUAGACUUCAACUUAGUCUCCAGCUUCCUGUUCCAGAAGUCAAGAAUUCAGAGUUUAUUCCCUUUAUCCAUCUCUCUAAGCCCAAAAUCAACGCAAGUCAAGAAGUAGCUGACCUUCUUGACUUGGAAAAGCUCUGCGUUUUAGGCCAUGGUAACCAUGGCACCGUUUACAAGGUGCGCCACAGGCAAACUUCAGCAAUCUAUGCUCUGAAAAUCAUCCGUGGCGAUCCUGACGAUAGCCAGCAGCCUUAUCAACCGUCUCAUGAAAUGAAAAUCUUGCUUUCUAUGGACUCUCCUUUCAUCAUCAAAUGCCUUGGAACCUAUGAAUCAACGGCAGGUGAAAAAGCAAUUGUCAUGAAGUAUAUGGACGCAGGAGCACUUGAUACACUUGUUAAAGCUAAUGGCCCUUUCUCCGAAUCCUCAAUUGCCCACAUUGGCUAUCAAGUUCUUAAUGGCCUGAAUUACCUUCAUGCAUUCAAUAUUGUCCAUUUGGAUAUUAAGCCUUCAAAUCUGUUAGUUGAUAAAAACAUGAAUGUGAAAAUUGGUGACUUUGGUGUGAGCAAGAUAAUGCGAGAGAAUGAAGCACCUGACUAUUGGGAUAUCUAUGUCGGUACCUACGCUUAUAUGAGUCCGGAAAGAUUGGACUCGAAUAGUUAUGAUUACAGGUAUGUCUAUGCGGCAGAUAUUUGGAGCUUGGGUGUGACUUUAUUGGAGCUCUAUGUGGGUCAUUUCCCAUUUCUCCCACCAGGAAAAAAGCCGAAUUGGAUGCAGCUCGUGCUGAUAACGCGCUUUGGAGAACCUCUAAGCUUGCCAGAGGAGGCAUCAGCGGAAUUCAGGAGCUUUAUCAGUUGUUGCUUGCAAAAGGAACCCAGCAAGAGAUGGACAGCUUCACAACUUCUGUCACAUCCUUACAUUUGCACGAAUAGGAGACUCGAGGACUAA